AGUGUUGCCAGAGCGGCAAAAUUUAUUGAAACCUUUGUGGCGAAUUCGGGCUUGCUAGUCGAAAGUAUCAAAAACAAAAACAAUAAAAUUGACUUGUGGCAACAAUAAAAAGUAAACAUUUGCAAAGCAAAUAAAGUAAAUAUAUUUCUAAAUUACAAUGCAUCCUGGUCAAAUCGAAGUCAAUGAAAUUACUGGCUAUUGGACUUUUCUGGCAAGCAUCGAUUGGUUAGAUCCUUGGCUUAUUGGUUUGAUUUGUAUACAUAUACUUACCACUUCUGCUGCUCUACUUUCGCGGAACAAUACAAAUUUUCAAGUUUCCCUGUUCUUAGUUCUAUUGCUGGCUGUUUACUUCUCCGAGGGCAUUAAUGAAUAUGCGGCAACCAAUUGGAAAACAUUCUCCAAACAACAAUAUUUUGAUAGCAAUGGACUAUUUAUCUCAACUGUCUUUUCCAUACCCAUUCUACUAAAUUGCAUGUUUCUGAUUGGCACUUGGCUUUAUAGUUCAACGCAGUUAAUGGCCAACUUAAAGACAGCCCAGAUAAAGGAAAGACUGAGACAAGAACGUCUAAACCCAUCAGGGGGAACAUUACCAGUGGCAGCAGGUGAAGGAGGAAAAACGAUUAAAUCGGAGUAGUUUUAAGAUUGACCCCAUGUAACACGUCACGCUUGAGUCAGCCGUAUAGAAUUUGCUCGCUUUAUUUUCUAGUUGAAGGGCACAUUUGCCUUGUUUUGUGUCCUUUCUUAAAUUUCGUUUUACUUAAGUCAAUUGAAUUGUCUAUAUUUAUAUAUAUGAAUAUACCAAAUUGUAACAAUAAGGCUUUAGAGUUGUAAUUAAAAAUUAAGAUGAAAUAUAGCCAUGCAAAAAUGUUAAGUUAA